CAACCCUGGACCUGCGCCACCACUGAAACACUCCAUAUCUCAAGAUCUCACGGAUUCAGCUUCACUAUCUUUGACUCAUACCUUCUAUAUCCUGCUAGACAAGAUAUAUCCAAACAUACUAGACAACCCCUCGUACUUAUUCUGCAAUGUCGCAGGAAUCACCUCUUAGCGAACCAGUCAUCUAUCACGGCAAGAAAUUUAUCGUGCUCAGCGAUUGGGAUGGCACGAUCACCACGCAGGACUCCAAUGAUUUUGUGACGGACACCUUUGGGAUGGGGCGCUCAGAUCGUGUUCUGCUCAAUCAGCGUAUACGUAAAGGCGAAGAUAACUUCCGGGAUGCUUUCCGGAAGAUGAUCGUGAGCAUCAAUGAGAAUGGCAAGGAGGAAGGAAAGGUGACGCAUACAUUUGAGUUUUGUAAAAAUGCUGUCGCGGAAAAUAUCAAAGUCGAUGAUACUUUCAAGGGCUUCUACGAAUUUUGCGAAAUGAAUGAUAUACCCGUGGUAAUUGUGUCCAGUGGUAUGGAACCUAUCAUCCGCGCAGUCCUGAAUAAGUACCUGGCCAGCCUUGACGGCAUUCAAAUAAUAUCGAAUGAGGUGAAAACAUACGAUGAUGGGAGCUGGGACAUCCAAUACCGUCAUCCCGAGAGGUAACAUUUCAUAUCAGUGUUUGCGCGUUUGACUGAGAAUGAUAAAUUAGCGGUUUCGGACAUGACAAAUCGAAGGCGAUUGCGCCAUACAGGAAUAUGGAUCCUGCCCCGAUCGUAUUCUUCUUUGGUGAUGGCGUCUCAGACUUAUCCGCAGCGCGGGGAGCGACUUGUCUGUUCGUCAAGUUCAAGCCGAAUGGAGAGAACGAAUUGAUGGAAUACUGCAUCAUAAACAAGAUCAAGCACCGGUUAUUCCAGAGUUUCGAGGAGGCGCAAGGUGUGAUAAAGCUGAUCAUCUUCGCAAAGACGGAAGAAGAGCGACAGAAUAUCAUUGCACGGGAGUGGCCUGAAGUGGCUUAGAAGUUGUCUCACCUCACCCCCAGUGAUGGCAAUCGCAGGGGAGAAGAAGUAUCGAGUACUCGUGACACAAUGCAUUUAGAUUUGGAG